UCAUUGGCAUUCCCUCUCUUUCUUCGUAGUUGAUUCUCUCUCUCUCUUCUCCCCGUCUCUUUCUCAGAAUUCAUAUAUAUAGUAUACCGUUGUGACUGCAUUGCUCAGCGUGGUCAUCGACUCAGAACACCUAAGGAUAAUAUUGAAUUUCUUGACAUCGUUCUCGAUUGUUCUGAAUUUGUCUUUGCUGGACAUUGUCCCUUCUUGUUCCUUGAUCUAAGGUUUCUAAUUGUGCGUGUCUCCGUAUAUAGAUUGAUAAAUUCCUUUAACGCAUACACAAAACACACAUACGUUGAUACAACAGGGAAUUAGAAUGGGAAGGAAGCAUAGAGGAGGGAUGACGAAAGCGAGGGUGUCGAGAAUCGGCAGCUUUGCCAUUGCGUCCUCCGUUAAAGACGCAACCUCUAUUUCCUGCACCACUUUUAACAUCCUCGCCCCCAUUUACAAGAGACUCAAUAACAAAGACCAAAGUUGCCGGGAAAGCGACUACAGGGCGAAUUGGUUGAACAGGAACCACAGGAUAUUGGAUUGGUUGUUGAACGAAAGAUCUUCCAUUAUAUGCCUUCAGGAAUUUUGGGUUGGAAAUGAAGAACUUGUUAAUAUUUACAACAAGAGACUUGGUGAUGCUGGUUAUAUCAAUUUCAAACUUGCGCGAACCAAUAACCGAGGCGAUGGUCUGCUAACUUCCGUGCAUAAGGACUACUUCAGGGUUGUAAACCAUCAAGAGUUGCUCUUCAAUGAUUUCGGAAACCGUGUUGCUCAGCUAUUACAUGUUGAAUUAGUUGCACCCUUUUUGCAGUGUCGAAACAACAACGUUCGGCAAGAAGUCCUUAUAGUGAACACCCACUUAUUAUUUCCUCAUGAUUCAAGUUUGUGUUUGGAACGAUUGCGUCAGGUCUACAAAAUCUUGCAGUGUGUGGAAUCUUAUCAGAAAGAAAAUCAGCUUAAUCCAUUGCCCAUUAUACUCUGUGGUGACUGGAAUGGAAGCAAGCGAGGUCAUGUUUACAAGUUCCUUAGAUCUCAGGGUUUUGUGUCAUCAUAUGAUACUGCCCAUCAGUAUACUGAUGCAGAUGCACACAAGUGGGUUAGCCACCGUAAUCAUCGGGGGAACAUCUGUGGCGUAGAUUUUAUAUGGCUUCUUAAUCCUAAUAGAUAUAGGAAACUACUGAAAACAAGUUGGAGCCAAGCAGUAUUUGGAAUGUUUAAGUAUCAACUUCGGCAAGCCUCCCUGACAGAGAAUGACGCAUUUGCCUUUUUGAAGGCUGAUAGCCAUGGAGACUACAUUACUUACUCUGCCUUUUGUGAAGCAUUACGCCAGCUUCAUUUAAUCGGCCAUCCAUAUGGACUAAGUGUUGAAGAGACCAAAGACUUGUGGGUGCAAACAGAUAUUGAUGGAAAUGGGGUUCUUGACUAUAAAGAAUUUCAGCAACGAAUUUGGAAUCCUACAUGGUCAGAGCAAAGAGACGAAAUAAGCCAUGAGGUUUGGAAAGAUGAUGUUCACGGUACUGAGCAAACCAUUGGUUUUGGUGUGAAGAAUGCAGUUCUCUUCCCCACGGAAGUAGAGAAAGGAAUGUGGCCAGAAGAUUAUUCUCUUUCAGAUCAUGCCCGUCUUACCGUGGUGUUUUCACCUGUUAGAAUGCCAUGUUCUCGGUUGAUGGCCUGACAUUCCUUUCUUGGGUGCCCAUCACUUGGAUGCAGCAUUUAUAAAAGAAGAAACAAGGAAAGCCAGUGAUUGGUGAAAGAUUCGAAAUUUGGUUGAUGGACUAUUCCAUUCACAAGCAGCGGUGAAGAACAUUUUUUUAUCCUAAUGCAGAUGUGAAUGGUUAUUCUUCCACCUUGCUACAAUGGGAGUUGAUAGCCUACUUCUUUGCAGCACCUAGACGGAAGCUCGGCCUCUCAACCGAUAACUGUCAGCAGACGAUGCAGUUGGUGUGGCUAUCUCAUUUAACCUGUCUUGUUUUUAGGCUUCUGCCUUAGAAAAGGAGUAUAAAGUAAAAAAGUGAAAGGGAACACAGAGGACUAAAAAAUUGUAGACAUUGUACUAUGGAGCUUAGUCGCAAUCCCCUUCGGUAAUAGAAUAAGCUUUUCCUUUGAAGAGUUCGUUGUAUUUCUGAACGUUCAGUCUCACGUUUUUGGAAUGGUGAACAUGAUGUGUUUAUGUA